ACCAAUCAGGACCGGACUCCUGUUAUUAUUAUUUCUUUUAUUGUUGUUGCCUUUUUCUACACUUUUCCCCGAUUGAAAUCAAUGAAGGAGAGACGCUCGUGUCAGAAGCCAUCUCUCAAAUCCAGCAUGGAUCCCAGUCACAGCGUGAAGUGUAAGAUAGUGGUGGUGGGAGACAGCCAGUGCGGGAAGACCGCGCUGCUUCACGUGUUCGCCAAGGACUGUUUCCCGGAGAGCUAUGUCCCCACAGUGUUUGAGAACUACACGGCCAGUUUCGAAAUCGACACGCAGAGGAUCGAGCUCAGCCUGUGGGACACCUCAGGAUCUCCGUACUACGACAACGUGAGGCCUCUGUCCUACCCCGACUCCGACGCCGUGCUCAUCUGCUUCGACAUCAGCCGCCCGGAAACCCUCGACAGCGUCAUGAAGAAGUGGAAAGGGGAGAUCCAGGAGUUUUGUCCCAACACCAAGAUGCUGCUGGUUGGAUGUAAAUCUGACCUGCGCACUGACCUGAGCACAUUGGUGGAGCUUUCCAACCACAGACAGACCCCAGUCUCUUAUGACCAGGGUUCCAGCAUGGCCAAGCAGAUCUCGGCGCCCUACAUCGAGUGCUCGGCUCAGCAGUCGGAGAACAGCGUCAGAGACAUUUUCCACGUGGCCACGCUGGCCUGCAUCAACAAAAACCACAAAAACGUCAAGCGCAGUAAAGCCACCCGCGGCAACAAGAGGAUUUCACACAUGCCCAGUCGGCCCGACCUGGCGGCCGUGGCUUCGGACCUCCGGAAGGACAAAGCCAAAAGUUGCUCUGUCAUGUAACCGACCAGCCUGAGGGGGAUUAGACUGAGGAGAAUGAGGACAGAACCCAGUGCGAGCAGGAAACGAUGGGGCAGCGCUCCCUCCUGCAUGCUAAAGGCCCCCGAUGUGUCUGGAGAGGGCUUUUGUGAGCUUCAACUCAUCAUCAUGUUACUGGAAUACUCUGCACCGACGAAAACUCAACGCGUCAUAGCGUCCCAAUCCAUUUGGCCCCCUGCCCUAUCAGACAAGGAAGCAAUCUGUCAGAGGGCUACCUGCUCCAGGAAGUGACCUGCUUCCUCCGGGAGGACGAAGCGGACGCGGUGGAGGCUUUCCACGCCGACAGGAAAUGAGCAGGAGGAGUGAUGUCAUGAGGACGCAUUCAUUUGUAAAGGAAGGGUUUGAGAACGUGUGAUCUUUGUGAAUGAGAACCAAAGCCUGCGAUUAGGGGUUUGGAUACUCGGGGAGAAAGAAAAAAAAAAAAAGGUGGAGCUGCUGUUGUUUGUGCCGGAUCAAGGACUUUUAGCUCGGAGUUUAUACAACAAGUCGUCCCUGUGGUUUGGAACUGAUUCCCUCUCACCCCUGCUCCUGUAGCUCCUGUAGUAACUGUCUGUGUGCAGAGGAGACCAGAAGAGGCGUUUCCUCGCGCCGCCUGAAGGAAUCCUGGCGCUGCGUGUCCCCUGUCUUUGAGAUGUUGUCGGUAUAAUGUGAAGUCAUUGGUGUGUAACUGCGUCAUUGUUUGAUUUUUAAGCUUAAUCCUGAUGAGUUGCAGCCACGAGGAGCUGAAGCUAGAAGCUGUCCGAGGUUAAAACUGCACGUUUGUACCAGUCAGGCCGACUUUUCCCCUCAACAGCUGUAGAUGUUUGCUGAUUUUCUGAAGACGUUCUCCACACGACAUGAAACUUGAAAACAAUAAGCAAGGAGGCUGGAUUCAGCCUCGAGGGUUUGGCCAUCGAUUCUAUCAGUCCAUGUAAUAAACAUUGAAUUUGGCCGUUAAUCCUCUCGAGGAGUGAGAGAUUGAGCUGAAAGAACUUUAACUUGUUUAUCAGAAGUUCUCUGACUCAUCCGUUGGGUAAUUUCUCCUCGUAGAGGCCCAGCACACGUCACAGCAACAUCGACUCAUUUCCAAAGGAUUCGCAGGAAGUCGUAACUUCAUUCAUGCACGUAAAGAAAUCUGGUGGAGGCCCAAGUUUUAUGUGUGGUGCAGUGUUAACUUUAACUUCUGAUAACUGGUUAUCAAUAUAUUCAGUCAUCCACACGUCUUUUGAAUAAACACUGAACUGUGAUGAUCUUAUUUGUCCUACGAGCUCAUUCCACGAGGGCCUCCAUUGGAAAUGCAACUAAACGAUCAACGAAUGAGAAAAUGAGACUUUGUUGAAUUUGUGGUUUUCGUCUGAACAACUGUGCAAUUUACAGACUGUUUGAAUCUAGUUAUUGAUGCACUUUUAAUGGAACUUUUAAAACUUCCCCAAUUAGCUUGUUCAAAUGCCAGUGUACUGUUGCCAGACUGUUUAUCUUUAUUAUUUUCUCAGCUGUUGUCUCCCUCCCAUGUACAUUGUCAUGUUUUCCUGAAUGUUGAUCUCACCUUCAAAAUGUCUUUGCCAAUGUUGUUGCGACGAUAUUUAUUGAAUUAUAUAUUUUCCCUUUAGAAUAAAUGCAAAUGGAAUUGAAGCAAA